AUGGCGCCCGCGGGCGUCCUCGAUGCCCUCGGCCACGCCCUCGCCGGCGCUCUGGGAACCGCCCUCUCGACAGCCGCAGUAUAUCCCCUCGACCUCGUCACCACACGCCUCAAAGUUCAGCGGCAGCUACGAAGCGAGGAUGCGAUAUCCGAAAAGGACCAGUACAAGGGCGUAGUGCAAGCCAUGAGAGCUAUCACGGCGCAGGAGGGCGGCAUAUCGGCGCUCUACACGGGUCUCGCCCAAGACGUCUUCAAGUCCAUCGCGGACUCAUUCCUCUUCUUUCUCUUUUACGAGUAUUUUCGAGGUACGCGCCGUCGCUCGCGUGGAAAACGGCUGUCGGUCCUGGACGAGUUGGCGGUGGGCGCGUUGGCGGGCGCCUGUGCGAGGGCCUGCACGACGCCCAUUGCGAACGUGGUCGCGCGGAAACAGACGUCGGCAAUGAUUGAGGGCAACGAAGGGGGCGAGGACGCGUCGGUCUGGGAGAUUCUAUCGUCGAUUCGCGCAGAGAACGGCGUGGCUGGUCUCUGGGCCGGUUACUCUGCCUCGUUGCUGUUGACAAUCAACCCUAGCAUCACAUUCUUCCUCAAUGACAAGUUAGGAAAGACCCUACUACCGGACUCAGACGAAGCCACGCACAACACGCAUACUACAUUCCUCCUCGCUGCCGCGAGCAAAUCCAUUGCGACCAUCAUCAGCUAUCCCAUACAGACGGCCAAGGCCAGACUACAGAUGCGCGGUACUGCUUCGCCGCGGAGGAGCACCGAUUCCCAAGAAAGACCUCACGCCGAGGACCUCGGCAAGGAGCCUUCUAGUUCAGGUGCGCUGGCCAAGACUAGGGAGGCGCUUAAUAAUAGCGUGCUUGCCAUCGUCUUGUCCAUUGCCAGAACUGACGGAAUAACGGCCUUAUACGCCGGGCUCCAGGGCGAAGUGCUCAAGAGCUUCUUCAGCCAUGGCCUGACGAUGGUAUCCAAAGGCGUCAUUCACACGUUUGUAAUUCGCCUUGGUCUUCUGUUGGUGUCCUUAUCACAGAGACAGUCGCGCGAUGUCAAGUUGCAGCACCUGAGACGGGUUUUACUCAGACUUCGAUGA